GAAAGAUAAAUCUUACUACGAUAACUACAAUAACAAAUUCUCUUCUAUAAAUCCAAAGUAGACGAAGCCGAAUACCUUUAAGGGGUCACAAAUGUGGCUAGUGAGUAGUAAUACAUGAGGCUGUGCAUUCAUUCGUCAAGCCACAUUUCAAGAAAAUGCCCCUCCAAUUGAAGAAUCGAAUUUCGUCGCGAUCCAAACCGACUUGAUCGACAAGCCAACAUAGAAAAAAAAGCCAGCCCACCAUGGUUCCAACGAUAAUACGAGGAAUGACCCUAAAGCGUGUAGCUCCCAAAUUACGAAAUAUUCCGAAACCCAUACCGCAAUUUUACGACAGUCGAUAUAAACCUAAGAAAGUCUGGCCGCCAGAUUUCUCCAAGCUAUCCGAGAAGGAACAGUUCCGAUUCGAAAGACGGUAUAAGCGAAGAAUGAAGCUUGCGACUGCGCGACCGCGGUGGGAUAAAUAUGUCAAAUUAACACAACUCUUUAGUGUGACUUUCGUUCUGAUUUAUUCCGUCUUAUUUAUGGAUUGGCAAAGGGAGAACCAGCCAUUGCAAGGGGUCCGAGACGUAAUCUGGGGUGCGUUAGGCGCAUUCUCUCCCGAGCAAAGACACGAAAGGCGAAAACCCGAUAUAGAAGCGAUCACAAACACCAAAUGACCGAUUUUACAUAUUGUACCUACGUUAUAAGAAUCACAUUGCAUGGACGGAGUUUCAGGGACUGGGAAAUACCCAAUUUGAUGUUACCUUUGGAGCUGUAUAAUGCAGGAAUCUCCUCUUAAAAAUACGAUGACCAUAAUGCUAUAUCUCUUACCCGAUGCUUAUCCCGUAACCGUAGU